GACAAACGAAAGCCCAAACACUACUACAAUAACUCAAAAACAAAUCUAAUUAGGGUUUCUUGGUGCCUCUUUUAUCACAAUUGUAUUGAUUCAAAAUGCCGGCUGGCCAUGGAUUGCGAUCGCGAACGCGAGAUUCAUUCUCGCGAGCGUUCAGAAAGAAAGGUACGAUUCAUCUCUCAACGUAUCUGAGGACCUAUCAUAUCGGAGAUUAUGUCGAUAUCAAAGUUAACGGCGCGAUUCACAAAGGUAUGCCUCAUAAGUUCUACCACGGCCGUACCGGUCAGGUCUGGAACGUCACUAAACGCGCUAUCGGCGUUGAAAUCAACAAGCAGGUAGGUAAUAGGAUCAUCAGGAAGAGGAUCCAUGUGCGAAUUGAGCAUGUCAUGCCUUCACGCUGCACAGAAGAAGUGAAACUUCGGAAAAAGAAGAAUGAUCAGUUGAAGGCCGAGGCCAAGGCCAGAGGUGAAGUCAUCAGUACCAAGAGGCAGCCUCAGGGGCCAAAACCUGGUUUCAUGGUAGAAGGGGCAACAUUGGAGACUGUUACACCUAUUCCUUAUGAUGUGGUUAAUGAUCUUAAAGGAGGGUAUUAAGAUAACUUGUUCUUGUGGUGGCAAACUAUUAAUUUGCCUCAUAGCCUGAUACCGAAAAGUCCGAGAUUUGUUUAUGUAAACUUAGUAGUAUUGUUGCACAAUGCUGUUGAAGGCAUAUUUUGACAUUUGUGUUAAAAUUGAUGAUAACUUUUGAUCA